AUGGACUUCUUUAAUUCCGGAACUGGCGGAAAUAUGUUAAAUAACGACAAUGAUAGCUUUAGAAAUAUGUUUGGAAACCAAUCCUUUGGUCAAUCAUCUGAAAAUCAAAACAGUAAUGACAACUACAAUAAUUUUUCUAACAAUCAAACGCCUUUUGAUUUUAAUUUAACCAAUGACGGUUCAAACUUAAGCGUUAAUAGUGGUAGUGGCACCAAUAAUAACAAUAACAAUAAUAGCUCAAACAACAUGAACGUGAAUCUGGGUAUGGGGGGCAAUUUAUCGCCACAGGCAAUUUUAUCAAAUGGUUCAAUGCUAGAUGGGGAUCAAGUUGCAACAAAUGCUCAACAAAUGUUUAGACAAAAUAGUAAACAAAGUACUGGGAAUGGAUCUCCAAAUUUGGCGAAUAUUAAUAUGAAUAACCAAAACAUGUUCAAUAAUACAACAUUAUCACCACAAUUAUCAAAUUCCCAAAAUCCAUCAACCCCACAACAGAUAUUACUGAGAAAUAAUGCUCAAAAUCAAACAAAUUUGAAUAAUGCUUUACAUGGGAUUAGUGGAAUGACACCAAAUCCUAUGUCUCAAGUGUCGAAUCAAGCUUCACCAAUGGAUGUUCAAUCACCAGCAAACAACAACAAUAAUAUUAACAUGCGAAGAAACGAUUUUUCUCAGAUAAAUAAUGUCAAAAAUAUUGACACUAAUAGAAGUACAAGUAAUAACAGUAAUUCCAUGGGAUCAAUAAAUGAACCAUCUCGUAGUAGUAGUACAUACCAGGAUAGAGCUGCAAUGCUUGCCUCGAUGCAACAACAGAGAGCUCAUGCGUUUCAACAACAGCAGCAGCAGCAACAACAUCAACAACAGCAACAACAUCAACAACAGCAACAACAAUCACAGAGACAACAACCAUCGGGAAGUGGUACUAAUAAACAACAGAUGGGUCAUGGAAGAAUGACUCCACAACAAUUACAACAGGCUCAACAACAAAAAGCUAUAUUGCAGAAUUUGAGUCCCGAACUUCAACAAAGGAUAUCAGCUGAACUAAGCAAUAAACAAUAUGAAUUAUUCAUGAAAUCGCUUGUAGAUAAUUGCAAGAAGAUGAACAUUCCAAUGACAAAUAUUCCUGAAAUACAAGGAAGAAAAGUAAAUCUCUUUUUCGUCUACAUUCUAGCACAACGCCUGGGUGGUGGUGACCAAGUGACCAGAAAUCAAUUAUGGCCUCAAAUAUCAUUAAAACUACAACUAAGUGACCCUCAACAAUUGGAAGCAAUAUACUUUAAAAUUUUACGUCCUUACGAGAAGCACAUGAGUUCACCAGAUGGUACUAAAGAAUCACAAGCUAAAAGGGUAUUUCUUCAGCAAUUUUUACAAGAACUAUUGAAAAAAGUUCAACAACAAUUUGGAAAUAAGAUAGGUAACCAAAGCCAGAUGCGUUCGACAACUGGUGUCAAUUCACCUAAUUUAGCACAACAGCAGUAUUUAAAUAACCAACAGAAUCAACAGCAAUUGCAACAACAACAACAACAGCAACAGCAACAGCAACAGCAACAGCAACAACAACAACAAUUGUUACAGCAACAGCAAAAGAUGCAAUUGCAACAGCAACAACAGCAACAGUUAACGAAAAAUAAAAAGUCUAAGGCAUUUACUAAUAAUGUAAUUGCUGCCAAACGGCCUCCAACAACAACUGCUCCUCCAACGACGAAAAAGGUCACUAAAAAACCACGUAAACCAAGACAGAAGAAGAAAACAAAGAAAGAACUAGAGCAAGAACGUAAAGAACAGGAGGAAAAAGAAAAAGAACAAAAGAGAAUUAUGGCUGACAUGAAAAAACAACAAAAAGCUAGUUUGGAAAGGAGAAUUAAGGAACGCUAUGAGAGGGAAAUGUCAAAAUUACCAAAGGUCUAUAAGAGAAGCAUGAUAAGAAAUUACAAACCAAUUAAUCAACACCUUGAGUUUGUUAAUGGAUACGAUAUUAGUUAUAUAUCGAAUGUCGGUGAAAAGAUAGAUGGAAAUAAGCCAAUAUACCUAUUUGCUCCCGAAUUAGGAACUAUAAAUCUGCACGCCUUAUCAAUGUCCUUACAGUCUAAUAAUUUAGGAGAAAUAAAUUCAUCAUUAAAUUCGUUACUUGUUGCGAGUGCAGAUGGUACGUUAGUAAUCCCAUUAAAUCAAUACCCACACCUAUUAAAUUCCAUAUGUAUGCACGGGAUUACUAUAAUCAAGGAUCUCUGUAAGAACUGGGACACACCUAAAAAGUUAAGAGAGCACCAAACUAGUUCAACCAAUCAUUAUUGUGAUGAAUACGAUACCGAUAGAUUUCUAAAUAGGAAUACCAUGGGAAAUAACAAGUUCUCUCAAAAGGUAGAUGCGAUUUUCGAUUUUUAUACAAAACAAAAAAAUAAAAAUGAUGAUAGUGUCAUCACUGUUGACUCUCUGACAGGUAUCGAUGUCGAACAGGAUGAAAAUGCAAUAUCUCCUGCAAGCUCUGUGUACGAUGAAGAUGAUACAGAAGCUUUAGUUGAUAUUGAUGUAUUCCUAAAAGAUUGGCAAAAGAAACAACAACACCCAAGAAAAUGGAAAUACUUACCAGAUAGACAAUGUUUCUCACACAUUUCUCGCCUAGAAAAUGUCGAAUUAUAUUUUCCUUCUUACAUAGAGUCGUUAAAGAAAAUUAAACAGGAGGUUGAUAAUCCAUUUACAAAAGUAAACACUAGAGAUGCUGAAGAUGCUAGGGUCUUAAUUAUCGAUCAACUAUCCACAAUAUCCAUGAUCCUAAGAAAUAUAUCAUUUUCAGAUGUUAAUGCUAAUAUUAUGUGCUCUAGUCACAUACUAAAGAGACUUCUCUCAGAUAUGAUGUGGUUGUUAUUUUUUGAUAACAAGAAAAUUAUUUUUGAAAGGAAACUUUUAAACUUUAAGAAAGAUAUAAUAAUCAUUUUAUCAAAUAUAUCCCAUAAUUUGAAAUUAGAUUCUGAAUUGGAUGGAAUGCUUCUUUUAUUACUAAUAUUAAGUUUUGGUGAACCAAAAAAAUCACCAAAUGGAAAAGAAGCCACAGAGAAUGGUAUUUCGUAUUCAGAAUAUUCUGUAAGUUGGGGGAAGUACCAAUCGUUUGGUGUGGAUAUCCUAGCAAAAAUACUGUCAUUGGGUCAUCCAAAUCGUAAUUUUAUGCAAUCAAUACUUCUAGGGCAAUUCAAUGAAGCUAGAAAAUCUAAGAAUAUAGAAAUUGUAAAGAGCCUGGUUAAUAAAUAUAACAAUGGCAACAAAACAAAGUUGAUGAAUGAUGUUAUUUCAUUUUUAAUUUCUGUCAUCCCUUUUCAACAGGUUACUGUUCAACCAUCAAUCAUUGAUGAAUAUUCGCCUAUCAUUUUGCAAUCAUUAACGUCUGUUUAUGAAAUUGUUAAAUUAAUUGAUUCUAAUCAAACUUUAAAACAAACUGAUGACAUGGGACAAGACGUCCUGGAAUUUGGGGACCUUCCUCUGCAGUGGCUAACUACCUAUGAAAAUAUGGGUGUUAGCUUUAGGAGAUUGUAUGGUUUCUUCCAGAAUUUAACAAUGCAAAGCAAAGAAGCACCUGUGAUAUACAAAAUGAUAAGUUGUAAAACAAUAAAAUUAUUGACAUUAUUAUUAAGUAAAUGUGCCAUUGAUAAAGAUGCAUGUGAGAAGUUAAUUAAAAUUCCAAAUUUACUACCCAGUGAAGCGGAAUUUUUUACUGUCUUAAGCAAUCCAAUCGUAGAUCAGGACUUUGCAGCUGAAAUACAGGUAUUUUAUCAUAUUCGACAGGGAAUUUUUGAUAAAAUAUAG